GCGGAACCUGUGGGCUUUGGAAUAGCUGCCACCGGACGGCGUGCCGGCGGCGGACAUGGCUUUCUCGACCAGAUCGGUGGGUCGCCUGUUGGGGCCAGUCAGUAGGUCAGCUGCGCUUUUGGGUGGCAGGUGGCUCCAGCCCCGGGCGUGGCUGGGGCUCCCCGACGCCUGGGGACUCCCCGCCGUGCAGCAGACCCGGGGCAAGGCGCGCGGGAACGAGUAUCAGCCGAGCAACAUCAAGCGCAAGAACAAGCAUGGUUGGGUCCGGCGCUUGAGCAAGCCAAACGGCGUCCAGGUCAUUCUUCGCCGCAUGCACAAGGGUCGAAAAUCGUUGAGCCAUUGAGCAGCGCGACGCUGCCGGCUGGACCCCCCCCCCAUUAAAGCAUUUUUCCUC